CUCUCUCCGUAGGAUGGCUACCUUUGUGCCACGUCUUGGCGCAGGCGCACUGGCGGCGCUGUUUGCUGCUGCUGACGGGAGCUGACGCGGCCCGAGGAGAGCAGCCGCGGCCUAGGGAGCCUGGUGAGGCGGGGAAGGCCGGCCGGGGAAGAUGAACUUCUUGCGGGGCGUCAUGGGCGGCCAGAGCUCCGGGCCCCAGCCCUCCGGAGCCGAGACGAUUCAGAAAUUAUGUGAUAGAGUAGCAUCUUCAACCUUACUUGAUGAUCGCAGGGAUGCUGUACGUGCACUAAAAUCUCUUUCAAAGAAAUAUCGCCUGGAAGUGGGGGUUCAAGCUAUGCCUCAUCUUAUCCAUGUUCUCCAAACAGAUCGUUCAGAUUCCGAAAUAAUUGGCUAUGCUUUGGAUACGCUCUACAAUAUCAUUUCGAAUGAUUUGGAAGAAGAAGAACAAGAUGAUUCUGAAGAAGAAAAUUCACAGAAACAAACAGAAGACCUUGGAAGUCAGUUUACAGAACUUUUCAUUAAACAGCCAGACAAUAUCACUCUUCUGCUGACCUAUUUGGAGGAAUUUGAUUUUCACGUCCGGUGGCCUGGAGUGAAACUUCUUACAGUGCUAUUAAAACAGCAGGGGCCCCAAGUGCAGCAGAUAAUACUAGUCAGCCCCAUGGGCGUCUCAAGGCUGAUGGACCUGCUAGCAGAUUCUAGAGAGGUCAUACGGAAUGAUGGUGUCUUGUUACUUCAGCAGUUGACAAAAAGUAACGCAGCCAUCCAGAAAAUAGUCGCUUUUGAAAAUGCCUUUGAGAGGUUGUUGGAUAUCAUAACGGAGGAGGGAAACAGUGACGGAGGCAUAGUUGUGGAGGAUUGUCUUCUCUUGCUGCAAAAUUUGUUGAAGAACAACAAUUCCAAUCAGAAUUUCUUUAAGGAAGGUUCCUAUAUUCAGCGUAUGAAGCCGUGGUUUGAAGUUGGCGACGACAAUGUUGGGUGGUCAGCUCAGAAAGUAACCAAUCUUCAUCUGAUGCUCCAGCUGGUCCGAGUGCUGGUGUCCCCCACGAAUCCCCCUGGUGCCACGAGCAGUUGUCAGAGAGCCAUGUUUCACUGUGGGUUGCUGCAGCAGCUUUGUACAAUCCUGAUGGCGACUGGAGUUCCUGCUGAUAUUCUUACUGAGACCAUUAACACUGUGUCGGAGGUCAUUCGCGGGUGUCAAAUGAAUCAAGACUACUUUGCUUCAGUAAAUGCACCUUCAAACCCACCAAGGCCUGCAAUUGUAGUGCUACUUAUGUCGAUGGUGAAUGAAAGACAACCGUUUGUGCUGCGUUGUGCAGUCCUGUAUUGUUUCCAGUGCUUCUUAUACAAGAACGAGAAGGGGCAGGGAGAAAUUGUGUCAACACUUCUACCUUCAACCAUUGACGCUACUGGGAAUUCCGUCUCGGCUGGCCAGCUGCUCUGUGGAGGACUCUUCUCUACAGACUCUCUUUCCAACUGGUGUGCAGCUGUGGCAUUGGCUCAUGCCUUGCAAGAAAACUCCACUCUGAAAGAACAGCUGCUAAGAGUGCAGCUGGCUACAAGUAUUGGCAACCCUCCAGUGUCCUUACUGCAACAAUGCACCAACAUUCUGUCUCAGGGUGAUAAGAUCGACAGACGGGGAAGCAAAGUGCAGACAAGAGUUGGAUUAUUAAUGCUGCUUUGUACCUGGCUAAGCAACUGCCCCAUCGCUGUUACAAAUUUUCUGCACAAUCCGGCCAAUGUUCCAUUUCUGACAGGACAGAUAGCGGAAAACCUUGGAGAAGAGGAGCACUUAGUCCAAGGGUUGUGUGCUCUCUUACUAGGAAUUUCCAUUUAUUACAAUGACAACACGCUUGAGAAUUAUAAGAAGGAGAAAUUAAAGCAACUGAUAGAAAAGAGGAUUGGCAAGGAAAACUUCGUUGAGAAAUUGGGAUUCAUCAGCAAACACGAAUUCUAUUCCCGAGCAGCUCAGAAACCUCAGCCAAGCUUUUCUAGCCCGGACCAUAUGAUGUUUGAUCAUGAAUUUACUAAAUUGGUAAAGGAGCUAGAGGGCAUUAUUACAAAGGCAGUUUAUAAGUCUAGUGAAGAAGAUAAACAGGAAGAGGAAGUGAAGAAGUCCUUAGAACAACACGACAACAUAGUGACACGCUACAAAAGCAUCAUUAGAGUUCAGGAUCAGGAGCUUGAGGAAUUGAAGAAACAAGUAGAAUCUAUGAAAGUUCACAAUGAGCAGCUACAGACAACAGUCACACAGCAAAUGUCUCAGAUCCAGCAACACAAGGACCAAUACAAUCUCCUUAAAGUACAGCUAGGCAAAGACAACCAGCAUCAUAGUUCCCAUGGCGAUGUGGCUCAGAUGAAUGGCGUUCAGCCGGACGAAAUCAGCAAGUUGCAUGGGGAGAUAGAAGAAUGGAAACACAAGCUUGAACUGUUGCAGGAACAACUGAAGGAACGAGACUCUUUGAUUGAAACCUUGAAGCUUUCGCCUGCAGCAGGAGGAGGAACAACAACAGAGCAGUCUUCACAAACGAACAAACCAAGUGGCCCUGAGGUUGACAGAGAACUAUAUAAAGAAGUUGAAACCCUGAGGUCCCAAAUCCAGUCACAGUCCACAGACAUUGCUAAACUUCAGGGUGAAAAGCAAGAACUGCUUCAAAAACUGAGCGUCACCCCAGUUCCUGUAUCAGGAGACAAUGGCACCAUUAUGGUAGCAAAGACAGCUGACUUGGAAAGAAGGCUCUCGACGCUCUUGCAAGAGAAUAAAGAACUAAAGAAUGAAAUUGCGGCCCACGGCGAGGAAAAGGCGUCACUGAAGCAGCAGCUGGACUCAUCCAACAGUACCGUGGCUAUUUUGCAAAACGAGAAAAGCAAAUUGCAGAAGGAAGUCGCAGAAUCUAAGAAAGAACAAGACGAUCUCCUGGUUCUUCUGGCUGACCAGGAUCAGAAAAUAAUUGCAUUAAAGGAUAAACUCAAGGAGCUUGGAGAAUCGGUUGAAGACGACGAUGAACUGGAAUCUGGCGACCAAGGUGAGGAAGAUGAAGGGGAGGACGAGGAAGACGACGAGGAAGAUAAUUAAGCUUUAUUGUGUCAAAUAUGGGAAUCCUGUACUGCAUUAUAAGAAUAAAUGUUGAUGGCCUUGUGAUGCAAAAUACCUGGUUAAAGAAGCGGAAGGAUCACUAGGACUAGUCCUGAGUUUCUGGUGUGAAGUUGAGAAAUGCUUUGUAGCUGAAACAGAAGUCUACCGUUUUUAAGUUUUACAUGCACAUCCGAACCGAUUUGUUAACACACUAGAAGCUGUUUUAGAUGCUUUCCAGGAGCAUUGGAGGUAACAGUUCGGUUAACCAAGCGUGUUGGCAUUUGCAUAUGUUCCGUGUGUUUGUCAUUACUUACCUAAUUUGGAUCUUCGGUGUGAUUAAAUAUGGUAUGUAUAUGGUUUAACAUCUGUUGAAUGAAAUCAUUGCUUCCUGUAUUCAGCAUGGAGAGAACUGGUGGACUCUUUCUUGCUACUUCAGAAAAAAAAAAUAUAAUUAUUACUGGAGUGUAUGGGACUGGCAAGUUAAGGGGUUUUUACCUUUUCGCUGCUUGUCGGUGGAUUUCAGAAUGAGAGGAACUGUACAGCAUUGAGUGCCUUGCACCUGAAAUGGCUGCAUUCUGUACCUCAGAAGAAAAAGAGAAACUGAAACAACUUGGGAGGGAUUUCCGUAGACAAAUAGCAGCAUUUGGUAGCAUAUUAAAACAGAAUUUUAUUUUUUAUUUUUUAGCAAAAACCCAUGCAGAAGUUUUAAGAUGCUACCAGAUUAUCACGUUAGAAACAAGCCUUUUGUUCUAUUAUUAAAAUCACAUACUGAUCGAUUAUAAUUUAUUGACUUUUGCGCCCAAUAGGUAAGAUUUUUAAAAAGAGGCAUCAACUUGCUGUUUUGGUAAUAAAAAAUAGAUGCUAUAACUAUUUAGUAUUCGUUUACUUCUGACUGCUUUAAAUCAUGUUUCUUGAGUGCUGCUGUAUUUGGAAUAGUCUUAAUUUAAAAAAAAAAAGAUUGACUUGUUAAAGUGCUAUCAAACAUGGCAUCUAUCAGGGAAACAUGGCAAAUUGGUAAAGAUGUUUGCAAAAUUUGUAGAGCUGUUUCUGUUCAUUCCAAUUAUUGACUCAGCUUACAGAACAGUUACGUCUUAACUCUAAAGUAAGUAGGAUUUGGGCCAAUGCUAUACAAAAAUGUAUUUUUAGAUACUCUAUUUUGUACUUACCAGUUUGUCAAGAUACAGGUAACAUAAGCUGAGAUGCAGCAAAAUAAAUUGGAAUGCUACCUCGA